AUGAAUCCAAAUAACCCUCCUCCUCCAAAUUCUCAAAAUCCAAACCCUCAGUUUCCAUAUCCAUAUCCAAAUUCUUAUUUUCCAAACCCUCAAAAUUUUAAUUUUAAUUCUCAAAUUCCAAAUUCUCAACACCCAUUUCCACAUUCUCAAGCUUCUCAAUUUCCGUUUCCAUAUCCUCAAAAUUCUCCUUAUCCAUUCUCAUUUCCUCACUUUCCAAAUUCACAAUUUGAAACACAACAAUCACCUGUCAAUAUCCAAAAUUCUCCAGAUUCGCAAGUGCCGGCCUUUGCUAACACAAAUUUUGUUGAUCUAAAUGAUGAUUAUGAGGAAAACGAAGAUGUACGUGAAAAUACUGGUCACUGGACGUGGGUUGAAGAUAAGCUCUUGAUAAGUGCAUGGUUGAACGUGUCAAUUGAUCCACUUAUCGGUACUGAUCAAAAAGCCGAAGCCUUUUGGGACAGAAUUAAGCAAUAUUGUGAAGAGGACAAUCCCGGCGUCAUCAAAAGAGGGGUUGUGGCUAUGAGAAAAAGGUGGCAACGAAUAAAUGAAGGUGCUCAGAAAUUUGGGUCAUGUUAUGAUGAGGCUCAACGAAUGAUUGGGAGUGGUUCAAACUUGGAUAACAUAAUUGAGAAAGCUCAUGAACUCCAUUUGGCUCAAUACAAGAAAAAGACGAAUUUUGAUAAUCAUUGGCGUGAGCUUCGUAGACAUCCCAAGUGGAGAACUCCUACAACUAGUGCAAGUUCUAAAAGAACUAAAUUAAGUAGUUCUGGAGCUUACUCAUCGGAGGGAAAUAACGAUACACCAACAUCUGAUGAAUUUGAACUAGUUCGUCCAAAAGGUACAAAGGCUGCUAAAAGAAAGGGAAAGGGGAAGGCAACAACUGCGGAAGUUGAAGAAUAUGAAGCUAUUCAAGUUAAUGACUUGAGAAAAAUGAACAUAAUGGAUACAAUAAAUGAAAUGAAGCAAAAAGAAAUUGAGACUCGACAAAGAAUAUAUUCAUUUUUACUUUCUAUAUAA